CCUCAGAAACACAGGAAGAAGAAGAAGCGGCGCGCGCUCACGCUGUCCUCCUGCUGGCUAACGACCGCUCGCUUGUGGAUCAAUGGCUGCGUCUAAGCCAGUCGAGCCGCAGUCCGGGACCGGGCUCCCCCGCUGGCAGCUGGCCCUGUUGGUCGGGACCCCCAUAGUCUUAGGGGUCGGGGCGCUGUACCUGUGGAACCGCAGCCGGACGAACAAGGACGGCAAGCGGACCGGGGAGCGGAAGACGCCGGAAGGCAGCGCGAGCCCGGUGCAGGGCCAAGACGCAGCGGCCGCGGUGAGCAUGAGCCCGUUGGAUCGAGCCCAAGCAGCCAAGAACAAGGGCAACAAGUACUUCAAGGCCGGCAAGUACGAGAACGCCAUCCAGUGCUACACGGAGGCCAUCGCGCUCUGCCCCGCGGAGCAGAAGACCGACCUGUCCACGUUCUACCAGAACAGAGCGGCAGCCUUCGAGCAGCUGAUGAAAUGGACCGAAGUGGUUCAGGACUGCUGCGAGGCCGUGACCAUGAACCCGCGCUACGUGAAGGCCCUGUUCAGAAGAGCCAAAGCGUUGGAAAAACUAGACAACAAGAAGGAGUGUCUAGAAGACGUCACGGCGGUCUGCAUCCUCGAGGCCUUCCAGAACCAACAGAGCAUGUUGCUGGCAGACAAGGUGCUGAAACAUCUGGGAAAAGAGAAGGCCAAAGACAAAUACAAGAGCCGCGAGCCGAUGAUGCCUUCUCCUCAGUUCAUCAAAUCCUACUUCAGCUCGUUCACCGAUGACAUCAUCUCACAGGCGCUGCAGAAAGGGGAGAAGAAGGACGAGGACAAGGACAAGGAGGGCGAGGCGGCCGAGGUCACCGAGAGCUCCGCCUACCUGAAGGCCAAGCAGUACAUGGAGGAGGAGAACUACGACAAAAUCAUCAGUGAAUGCACCAAGGAGGUCGAUUCAGGGGGCCGGUACACCGCCGAGGCGCUGCUGCUGAGAGCCACGUUCUACCUGCUGAUCGGAAACGCCACUUCUGCUCAACCCGACCUAGACCGCGUGAUCAACAUGCAGGACGCCAAUGUGAAGCUCCGAGCCAACGCUCUGAUCAAGCGAGGCAGCAUGUACAUGCAGCAGCAGCAGCCCAUGCUCUCCACGCAAGACUUCGACCUGGCCGCCGAGAUUGACACUCGGAACCCCGAUGUCUAUCACCACAGAGGUCAGCUGAAAAUCCUGCUGGACCAGGUGGACGAGGCGGUGGGCGACUUUGACGAGUGCAUCCUGCUGAGGCCCGACUCGGCGCUCGCUCAGGCUCAGAAGUGCUUCGCUCUCUACAGACAAGCGUACACGGGAAACAACCCGUCUCAGGUGCAGACGGCCAUGGACGGCUUCGAGGACGUCAUCCGAAGGUUCCCCAAGUGCGCAGAGGGCUACGCACUUUACGCUCAGGCGUUGACCGAUCAGCAGCAGUUUGGGAAAGCAGACGAGAUGUACGACAAGUGCAUUGAGCUGGAACCAGACAACGCUACCACCUAUGUCCACAAGGGUUUGUUACAGCUCCAGUGGAAACAGGACCUGGACUUGGGCCUGGAGCUCAUCGGCAAGGCCAUUGAAAUCGACAACAAAUGUGACUUUGCCUACGAAACUAUGGGAACCAUCGAGGUUCAAAGGGGGAACCUGGACCGGGCGAUAGACAUGUUCCACAAGGCGAUCAACCUGGCCAAGUCCGAGAUGGAGAUGGCCCACUUGUACUCGCUAUGCGACGCCGCGUACGCCCAGACUGAAGUGGCGAGGAAGUACGGCCUGAAGCCUCCGACGCUGUGAACGUCCAAACGCCAAACUCCACCGCCAACGCUGAUUCUCACUACGUUAAAACGCAACUUAGCUUUUGAUUUAAAAACAAACAAACAAAAACAAGAAUGAGUACUGGAUGAUGGAAGAAAUAACCCUGAUAUAAUAUAUAUAAAUGAAUCAUUGCAUCACAUUAAAGGGGUUGUUAUCAUGGAGAAGUUUCUGUGAUCCAGACCUCCGGUUUGUCUGCAACCCUUUUUUAUUAUAAGAAUAAAGAGUCGCCACGGCCGUGCAUCCCGUCUAAAUGAAUAGUAACUAUGUGAAACGUAUGUUUGUUGAACCAAUUACUGACUUUAAAAGGCUUUUGUGACACUUUUCAUCCAUAGAGAAAUACUGUGAGAACUUUACUUGGUUCCAAUGGACUGUUCACUUAUUAAUUUAUGCUGAUCUUUCCAAGCUCCUGUCAUGUGUAACACACACUUAUCAGUUCUGAAUGCAAGAUUAAAAGUAUAGUCCAAUGUGUACCGUCUGUGUUUGUAAUGCUGGAGUCGAUCCCAUGGACUCGGAGGUUAGUUUAGCUUUUUUUAAUUCUGGGAUUGACAGUUUUCUUUUUCUUUUUUUUAAUAUAUAUAUAUAUACACACUUUGUGCAGCAUGUUCACUUUAUGAAUAAAUGUAAAUGCUCAUGCUGUCUUGGAACUCUAGAAAACCCCAAUGAUGAGAAAAGAAAAAACACUUGAUUAGGUAUUAAAACACGUUAAUGUCUUUAGUUUUUUUUUAAUGUUAUUUUUGAAUUGCCCAACAUGUCAGAAGAUAAAUGUGACACGGGUUUGGAUAUUCAGUGAGUUUUUGUUUUUUCUAGCUCACACUAACUCAUAGACAUGAUUUGUUUUCUAUUUUGUUGUAAAAUGUUUAUUUUUCAUGCUACAUUACAUCAUUUGACAGAGUAAGAGGCUGGUUUUAUUGUUUCUGUCCUUUUCCAGAUGUGUAUUCUCGUAUAACACAAGCCUUAUUGUUUCUGACCCUCGGCCAGCUUCUGGGGAGGAAGAGUACGAACUGGUUCUCGCGUAGCGUCCUUACUUUGUUUACAAUAACUACAGUUAGCUGCUGAAUGUAUAAAACUUUAACUCUUCCAGAAACUAAUCUGUGAGGAGAUCGUCUACAAACAUCCACUAAACAUGGGCCAUAGAAUGACACCUCUUCGUCUACGGUAUUUAUGGUGACCAAAGUGAACGAGAAUCCCCAAUAAAGAUAUAAUUCCUGGAAUGAA